AUGUCCUCUUCCCUCCUCGCGCCAGUGAAGCAAAAGCUCCCGCUCCGCGUCGCGCAGGCCUCCGUGCGCUAUGCUCGGCGCGAGACCGAGGGCGGUCCCAACCGUCAACUGGAAACCAUCCGCCGCGCCCUCUACCCGUCGAACAUCCGCAGCCGCGCGACGCCGACGGGCAAGUACAGGCCGGACGUCGGCUUCCGCCUGCAGCGCGCCAUCCCGUCCGCACAGGCGCACGAGACUAUCGAGCGCGCCUGGCUCCUCCACCAGCGACACCUCCGUCACAAGCGCACGGCCGAAGCGAACCGCAAGUUCGAGAGCAUGUGCUCGGCGAUGGAGACGUUGCGCGUGGUCGCGCCGGAGCUGUACAAGGAGGCGAACAAGGUGGACGAUCCCCGGACUCGUACGCAGGAGGAGCAGGACGCUAUGAAGAAGAUGAAGACUCAGGAGAAGAGAGCGUUUGAGUCGAGGCCGAGAGGUUUGUUCCCCAGGGAAUUGCGCGUACCGACAGACACACCUCCCACCGCUGGCUGGACAUAUGAAUUUACGCCUACUGCGCGGCCGUCUUCGUAG